CUUCACAUAGUUAUUUUUUUGGUAAUGAAAAAGAUAAUUUUGAAAUGGCUAAAAUUUACAUGAUUAUUUUGUAUUUAUCAAUACAAUUGAUUAAUUUGAUCAAUAUUGAUGCAGCCAAACCAAAAUCAACAUCAAAAUUAUGUACCAAAAUUGAUCAUGAUCGUAUGGAUAAUUGUGUUAUGAUUCUAUCCUUUCUAACCGAUGAUCAACUUCUCAAUAAUCCACCGUUAUCAAUGAAAGAGGUAAAUUAUUAUUGUCGACGUUUGAAACCGGCCGAAAAAUGUGUUGAACAAUAUCUGAAUCGUUGUACGGAUAUACAAACACGACAAACAGUUAAAAUUUUCCUAUAUUCAUUGGUACGAACAAAUCGAAAAUAUUGUAAUAGCCAAAAACGUAAAUCAACUGUUCUAAGUUUAGUUAAAUGUGCAAAAGAUCGUCUACCAGAAUUCGGUAAUUUAAUGAGAAAUUUUACCGCUGAUAUGCAUACAUUACGUAAAUUUCAGCCACAAAAUCUACGUAUUCCUUUGGUUUGUUGCAAUUAUUAUAAAUAUCAAGAACUUGGCAUUCGAAAGAUACAGAAAACAUGUGAUGUACCGGAAUUAUUAUCAGUGAUACGUGAUGCACUUCAAAGUUAUUUCGGUGAUAUAAUAACAGUUAUGUGUGGUGAUUAUACUGAUGAUUCUGAUCGUUGUGAUAAUAUUAUUGAUUUGAUUCCAAAAUGGGAUAAUAAAAAACAAUUAGAAUGGAAAACAUUUGCAAUGCCUUUGGUCGAAAUAUUUAAUAGUUUUCAUUUUAAUAACAGUGAAAUAAAUUAAAAAUAUUUUAAAUAA